CUGAAGUUUAACCUGUGUAUAUUAUAUAAGACUUCAGUUCUUCAUCCUUGGAAACCAAACUCCUACACUAAGACAAGGUCAAUACAGUGGACCCCCGCUUUACGAUCAGCUCCCAAUGCGACCAGUUAUGUAAGUGUAUUUAUGUAAGUGCGUUUGUACGUGUAUGUUUGGGGUCUGAAAUGGACUAAUCUAAUUCACAAUAUUCCUUAUGGGAACAAAUUCGGUCAGUAAUGGCACCUAAACAUACUUCUGGAAUGAAAUAAUAUCGUACACCGGGGGUCAACUGUAUUGCCUUGAUUUGGUAUUUAUAAAUUUUACCAUUGAUUCUUCAGUAGAUUUGACUGUUUUUUAAGAUUCAUGUAAAUCCACUCUAAUUGCAAACAAACCUUUUGAUUUUCUAAAUUUGGUUAAGCUUCAUGUGAAUCAGAAAUAAUUCCUGUCCAGUUGUUGUACUUGGAAUGGGCGCGCUUCGGCAAGUGGUACAAGAAGCAACCUCUGCACGUUGUCAGACGGUAUUUUGGGGAUAAGAUGGCCCUUUAUUUUGCAUGGCUGGGCUUCUACACAGAGAUGCUCAUCCCAGCAUCCAUUUUUGGAGUCUUCACCUUCAUCUGUGGCAUCUUCUUCAUGUUUUCCGACUUUAAUAAGCCUAGUGAAGAGAUCUGCAACCGCAAGCCCAACAUGACUGGAUCCCUGAUUAUGUGUCCCCUCUGUGACAAGCUUUGUGAAUUUUGGGAGCUCGGAGAUUCCUGCUUCAACUCCCGCAUCACCUUCCUCUUUGACAACCCCAUUACAGUUUUUUUUUCUAUUGCCAUGUCAUUUUGGGCCACAAUGUUCCUGGAACUGUGGAAGCGGAAGCAAGCAGUCAUCCAGUGGCAGUGGGACCUAGAAGGCUAUGAGGAGGAGGAGGAGCUGCGUCCAGAAUAUGAGGAGAAAGUCACCACAACAAGACUCAAUCCUGUGACCAACAAACCUGAGCCAUAUCUGCCAUUGUGGAAUCAAAUCACUCGUUUAGUGGCAGCAAACUCUGUUGUUAUUCUCAUGCUGUGUAUUGUGAUAGCAGCAAUGUUCAGUGUGAUUCUUUAUCGCAUGGCUGUGGUAAUAGCCAUGCACCAAACAGAAUCAGACCUCUUCAGACGAAAUGCUAAGAUGGUCACCUCCUUGACUGCUGCUUGCCUCAACCUUAUGGUCAUCAUUAUACUUAACUAUAUUGUGGUCUAA